AUUUCAUAAAAACACAUGACAUAGACAGUCAUAUAAAACAUGUAAAUCAUCCAAGAUUGUUUGUUUGCAUUCCAUACAUAAUAAAGUAAACAGAUUCCUUAUUGUGUACUUAUUAAAUAAUCAUGUUGAUCAACGAAUUCAUUUAUAAAUGUAUAAAUUUAAUCAUUGUAAACAGUUUAGAACUAAACUAUCAACUCAACAUGUUGUAUACUAUACAGUUCAAUCUUAUUUUCUUCGUGCUAGUGAACAUUUACGAAAAUCUAGCCUAUAGAUGGUAUACACAAAACUCUGAAUUAUUAGCUUUACACAAUGCAUAUAGAAGAGAUAUAAAAUAUGGUCAUGUUCGUGAUCAACCACAAGCGAUGAGUAUGCUUAAACUAACAUGGAGUCAUAAAUUGGCUGAAAUGGCUCAGGACUGGGCACAGCAUUGUGUGCCAAGACGAAGUAACUUGACUAUGAGGAAAGGUUCGAAAUGGACAUAUGUUGGUCAGAGUAUCGCUCUCGUUCCUAAAGUUAGAGAAGCAGCAUCUUUAUGGUUUGAACAACACAAGAACUACAAUUUCGGAAAUAAUACAUGUGAGGCAAAUAAAACUUGUGCAGAUUACAAACAAUUAGCAUUCGCCGAUACCACACAUAUUGGAUGUGGUUAUGCAAUGUGUAGACAUCUAACAGGACUAGAUAAGCUUCUUGUUGUUUGCAACUAUGGACCAGGGGGUAAAUAUGCCAAUAGACAACCCUAUGAUCCUAUAUAUCCUGAAGAUCCAUACUACCUCCCAUUAAUUUAACCUGCUAAUAUAACUGAUGAUCAUUUAUAGAAAACAAAAUAAUGUUUGAAUGAAAUUUAAUAUAAAUAUUUAACCUUUUUAACAC